AUGAGUCUCUACCAUUUAUCGAGUAUCUUUAUUGUCAUCGAAUUCUUCACCAACUUUAACAUCACCUCGUUUCUGAUUUUUCUAACAGUUUUUCACAUCAAAAACAUCACCGGUGCUUACAAGCAUAUGGUAGUCUAUUUUGCCAUUUUGGGCAUUGUAUUCUCCGGAUUACAAGUCUCCGCAAAACCGUAUUCCCACAACUACAACGGAUCUUUAUUAUACUUCAGUAGAAGCAACUUACCAGAAAACGUUGCUUCCUUGCUUUUAACGUUUUGGAGCGCAUUUUACGUCGUCAUAGUUGCAUUCAUUUCUGUGCAAUUUGUCUAUAGAUAUGUAUGCUUAUUUCAUGCCGAAAAAACGAAAAUCUUCGAAGGAGUUGGGACAAUUAUUUGGAUAUUGUACCCUUUAAUUCCUGGAUUUGUAUAUACAACUUCGAUGAAUCUGCUUUGCGCCACAGAUGAAUAUUCGGAUUUAUAUGUGAAAAAAAGUAUUGAACUUAAUUUCAAUUUCAAGUGUCUCAAAGCUGCCCAGGUUCACUAUGACUCCUUACUCAGCCGAUGCAUCCAUACGAUGGAACGGUGUCAUAUUCCUUUUAAUCGGGAUUUCCGCAAUAUGUUUUCACUACAUUGUCAUUAUAUUUUGCUGUGCAAAAAUGCAUUAUAACAGGAAAACUGAACUGGAAAACUUCUCAAUUCAAAAUCAAAAGCUACAAAAACAAUUUUUCAAGGCGCUGGUUGUACAGCUUGUUGGUCCCACAAUAUUCCUGAUUCUUCCAACAAUUCCAAUAUUCUUCACACCGCUUCUAGCUCCAAUAUUUCAAGCUCAAGUUGACUGGCAAACUGGCAACUUGUUCGCUCUCGUUGGAUUCUACGCACCAUUCGAUAGUAUUGCAUUUAUGCUGAUAGUUUCAGAGUACACAAAAAUCAUAAAAAAGAGAUUGAGAUUCAGUUUCAAGAAUGGUGUCACAAGUGUUAGUGUAACUCGUUUUACACCAAAUUGAAG